AUGACCGCUACCGUCCACCCUUCAAGCCCCAGCAACGCAGUGUCCCUGCCGGGCCCGGGGCGGGCGGCCCGGUCCGCCGGGAGCGCAUCCCCCUGUGUGCGGGCGCGGGCGGCGGUCGGGCGGGCGUCUCCCGAAAAGCCCGUGAAACAAGAGGAAAUGGCUGCCUUGGACGUGGACAGCGGCGGCGGCGGCGGCGGCCACGGCGAGUAUCUGCAGCAGCAGCAGCAGCAGCAGCAGCAGCACGGAAACGGCGCGGUGGCGGCGCCGGCGGCGGCGGCCCAGGACACUCAGCCGUCACCGCUCGCUCUGCUGGCCGCUACCUGCAGCAAGAUAGGGCCGCCAUCGCCGGGCGACGACGAGGAGGAGGCGGCCGCCGCAGCCGGGGCCCCCGCCGCCGCCGCCGCCGCCGCCGGAGCGACAGGUGAUUUGGCUUCUGCACAGUUAGGAGGAGCACCAAACCGAUGGGAGGUUUUGUCAGCCACACCUACAACUAUAAAAGAUGAAGCUGGCAAUCUAGUGCAGAUUCCAAGUGCUGCUACUUCCAGUGGGCAGUAUGUCCUUCCCCUUCAGAAUUUGCAGAAUCAGCAAAUAUUUUCAGUUGCACCAGGAUCAGAUUCAUCAAAUGGUACAGUGUCCAAUGUUCAGUAUCAAGUAAUACCACAGAUUCAGUCGUCAGAUGGCCAGCAGGUUCAGAUUGGUUUCACAGGCUCUUCAGAUAAUGGGGGUAUAAAUCAAGAAAGUGGUCAAAUUCAGAUCAUUCCUGGCUCUAAUCAAACCUUGCUUGCCUCUGGAACACCUCCUGCUAAUAUCCAGAAUCUCAUACCACAGACUGGUCAAGUCCAGGUUCAGGGAGUUGCAAUUGGUGGUUCAUCUUUUCCUGGCCAAACCCAAGUAGUUGCUAAUGUGCCUCUUGGUCUUCCAGGAAAUAUUACCUUUGUACCAAUCAAUAGUGUCGAUCUAGAUUCUUUGGGACUCUCGGGCAGUUCUCAGACAAUGACUGCAGGCAUUAAUGCUGAUGGACAUUUGAUAAACACAGGACAAGCUAUGGAUAGUUCAGACAAUUCAGAAAGGACUGGUGAGCGGGUUUCUCCUGAUAUUAAUGAGACUAAUACUGAUACAGAUUUAUUUGUGCCAACAUCUUCUUCAUCACAGUUGCCUGUUACUAUAGACAGUACAGGUAUAUUACAACAAAAUACCAAUAGCUUGACUACUACUAGUGGGCAAGUCCAUUCUUCAGAUCUUCAGGGAAAUUAUAUCCAGUCGCCUGUUUCUGAAGAGACACAGGCUCAGAAUAUUCAGGUUUCUACAGCACAGCCUGUUGUACAGCAUCUACAACUUCAAGAGUCUCAGCAGCCAACCAGUCAAGCCCAAAUUGUGCAAGGUAUUACACCACAGACAAUCCAUGGUGUGCAAGCCAGUGGUCAGAAUAUAACACAACAGGCUUUGCAAAAUCUUCAGUUGCAGCUGAAUCCUGGAACCUUUUUAAUUCAGGCACAGACAGUGACCCCUUCUGGACAGAUAACUUGGCAAACGUUUCAAGUACAAGGGGUUCAGAACUUGCAGAAUUUGCAAAUACAGAAUACUGCUGCCCAACAGAUAACUUUGACGCCUGUUCAGACACUCACGCUUGGUCAAGUUGCAGCAGGUGGAGCCUUGUCUUCAACUCCAGUUAGUCUAAGCACUGGUCAGUUGCCAAAUCUACAGACAGUUACAGUAAACUCAAUAGAUUCUACUGGUAUACAGCUACACCCAGGAGAGAAUGCGGACAGUCCUGCAGAUAUUAGGAUCAAGGAAGAAGAACCUGAUCCUGAAGAGUGGCAGCUCAGUGGCGAUUCUACAUUGAAUACCAAUGAUCUAACACACUUAAGAGUACAGGUGGUAGAUGAAGAAGGGGACCAACAACAUCAAGAAGGAAAAAGACUUCGAAGGGUAGCUUGCACCUGUCCCAACUGUAAAGAAGGUGGUGGGAGAGGUACCAAUCUUGGGAAAAAGAAGCAACACAUUUGUCAUAUACCAGGAUGUGGUAAAGUCUAUGGGAAGACCUCACAUCUGAGAGCUCAUCUUCGUUGGCAUUCUGGGGAGCGCCCAUUUAUUUGUAACUGGAUGUUCUGUGGUAAAAGAUUUACUCGAAGUGAUGAGUUACAGAGGCACAGAAGAACACACACAGGUGAGAAGAAAUUUGUUUGUCCAGAAUGUUCAAAACGCUUUAUGAGAAGUGAUCACCUUGCCAAACAUAUUAAAACACAUCAGAAUAAAAAAGGUAUCCACUCUAGCAGUACAGUGCUGGCAUCUGUGGAAGCUGCACGAGAUGAUACUUUGAUUACUGCAGGAGGAACAACACUUAUCCUUGCAAAUAUUCAACAAGGUUCUGUUUCAGGGAUAGGAACUGUUAAUACUUCCACCACCAGCAAUCAAGAUAUCCUUACCAACACUGAAAUACCUUUACAGCUUGUCACAGUUUCUGGAAAUGAGACAAUGGAGUAAAUAUUACACAAAUACUUAUUCAUUGUGGUUAUUUUUAUACAGUAGUGAGAAGAAUAUUGUUCCUAAGUUCUUAGAUAUCUUUUUAUUGAUGUGUAAAAAUUUUUGGAUUGACAGUAACUUGGUUAUACAUGACACUGAAAUGCCUUACUUUGUAUGAUAUUCCAUAGUAUAUUAAAAAUGGUAAAAUUGCAUGGGUUUUGUAGGUACUUUUGGAAUCUAGAAGAAAUGAAAUUUUACCAAGUUAUAUAAAGAGAAAAUUGAAUUUAACAAUGCGAAUGGUAGUCUAACCAAAUGCACCAAUCCUGUGUGGUUUAGUGUAAAAAUGAGAACAUGUUGGUAUUUAUCUAUUGUAAGAUAAAAAAGUUGGUGGGUGAAAGAAAUCAUGUUAUGAUAAAAAAAAUUUUUGUAAUUUUCUUGAUGACUGGAAUUUUUAUUAUGCAUAACUGACAAAUCAAGUUUCCAAGCAAAUGUUACAUAGUGUAGGCUUUACUUAGCUUAUCAAUUUGUCAUUUUGAAGCUAAUUAUUUUAAUUAGGUUAACUAUGUACAAUAUUUUAAGCAUUACUCUUGUAAGAUUUUGAAAAAUACAUUUUAACAUGGAACUCUAGGGAUAGUCACCUUUUAAAUCCUGUUGAAAAGCCAUGUUUAAGAUUUAAUUUGCCAAAAUAAUGUCUUGUUAAUAUCCUUUCAAUAACGAAGUUGGGCAAUAUAACCAAUGUUUAAAAAGGUUUAAAAUGUAUAGGUUGAGGCAUUUGGGUGGUAAGAAAAUGUUAUAGUGAAUUAUCCCUUUUCUUGAAUAUUGGAGGACCAAAAAAAUAAGGUUUAUUGCGUCUUAGCAGUGAUUUUUUUUUUUUUUUUAAAUCCAAUCUUGUUUCCAAAAACCACAUGUCUGCCAGGGCCUUAAAAGCCAUCAUGUAAAUUACCAGUAAAGUAUAACAUAUGCAAACAUAACAAAAUCACUUCCAUAGAGACGAUACUCCAACCAUAUGGAUAUUAGUCAUAGAGAACUAGAGGUUUUAUGAUAUUUUUUUAAGUCUUUUUUUUUUUUUGGUCUAGGUAGUCAGUCUGCACUUAAAUAUAAACCAUUUUCCUUUUUUUGCUUUUUCCCUUAAAAUUUAUAUGUAUUCAGUACAUUUAAUUGAGAAAUGUAUGUUUUUUAUUAUGCUGUAUUUUCUUUUUAUUUUUUAAUUAUUGUUUAUAUUUUCAAUUAUUAAAAAUGUACAAAAUAAAGUUUCAUUGCUGGUCUUGUAAGAGCUAUACAAUUUUCUUAAAUGUAUACCUAUAACUGCAGCAGUUCACCUAUUUCAAAAAUUUGGAAUUCUGUUCAUUUGUUAUUCUUAAGACCACCUCAAAUUUAAAGGCUACCUUAUUGUACGUUUAAAGUGUA